CAGCAAAAUGGUGUCUGACUUGUUCAGCUCGUAAGAGAGUCAGUUUGUUGUUAGUGACAAAGUGUUUGUCACCUUCAGCAGUCGUGAUCCACAGGGCCUCUGUAUGUCUGAACGGACUGACUGACUCAUUACCCGGUAGCCUACAAAGCUACUAAAGACAGCUUAGCAUGCUAGCUAGAAAUAAGACUGACGGGGACGGAAGUUAGCAACACAGCAUCCUGUUAGAGUGAAUGACGGAGGGCUAACGGUGUUUUUUGACGUGGAGACAAAGUUUCUGUCGUUGUGUUGAAAUGUCUAAAGCCCAAAUGCUGAGAGCGUUGGUGAAGCAGCGACUAACUGCGGCUGCUGAAGAGAUAUUUGGGCUGUUUGAAAGAACGAUAGCAGAGUACGAGGAGGGGCUUUCUAGAUCAAAACAGGAGAACGAGCGACAACGGAAACUACUGGACGCUGUUUUCAACCCUCAGCUUCAGUUACACAGAGCAGCUUUACCUUCAGAUGUCCAGAAAGUAAUUGUUGGUGAAGAAGAGCAGCAGAAGUCCCGUUCCAGUCUGGACCAGGAGGACCCAGAGCCCCCACACAUUAAAGAGGAACAGGAGGAACUCUGGAGCAGUCAGGAGGGAGAGCAGCUUCAAGGCCUAGAGAAGGCUGAUAUCAAGUUCACAUUUACUUCUGUCCCUGUGAAGAGUGAAGAAGAUGAUGAAGAGAAAGCUCAGUCCUCACAGCUUCAUAAAAGACAAACUGAACAGAUGAAAACAGGAGCUGAUGGAGAGGACUGUGGAGGACCAGAACCAGCCAGGAACUCAGAUCCAGAUACAUAUUUACAACCAGAUCCUGAAGACAAGACUGGAGUCUCUUCCGAACCCGAGACCGAUGACAGUGGUGACUGGAAGGAGACCAGAGAACCUCAGUUAAGCUUAAACUCUCUGAAAAGUGAUGAGGUCACUGUCAGUGGUUUGAAAUGUAAUGCUGGUGAGAAACCAUUUGGUUGCUCUGAGUGUGACAAAAGAUACGGUACCAGUGAACAUCUGAAGGUACACAUGAGAUCUCAUACAGGAGAGAAACCUUUUAGCUGCACAUUUUGUAAGAAAUCCUUUGCUCACAGUGGAAGUUUACACACUCAUGAGAAAAUCCACACAGGAGAAAAACCUUUUAGUUGCUUGGUCUGUAAGAGAUCUUUCAUACAGAGUGGGAGUUUACAGACACACAUGAAAAUCCACACGGGAGAGAAACCUUUCUGCUGCUCAGUUUGUGGGAAAGCUUUCACACAAGCAUCAAGUCUGAAACAACACAUGAGCAUCCACACAGGAGAGAAACCUUUCAGCUGCUCAGUGUGUGGUAAGUGUUUCAUAGGAAGUGGACAUUUGAACAGACACAUGAGGAAUCACACAGGAGAGAAACCGUUUAGUUGCUCAGUUUGUGGUAAUACUUUCACCCAAGUCUCAAGUCUGAGGCAACACAUGAGCAUCCACACGGGAGAGAAACCAUUCAGCUGCUCAGUGUGUAAUAAAUCUUUUACACAUAGAGGAAGUUUACAGUUUCACAUGGCAGUCCACACAGGAGAGAGACCAUUUAGCUGCUCAGUUUGUGAUAAAAGAUUUUCACGAAAGGGACAUUUGACACAACACAUGUGCAUCCACACAGGAGAGAAACGAUUCAGCUGCAGUGUUUGUCACAAAAGAUUUGCCUGGCGUCCACAGGUCAAAACACAUAAAUGUGUUGGCCACCAGUCCUCACACCUUCAGAGUCAAACUGAGGACAACAGAGAGGCAGACCCUUCAGCCAGUGGCUCUACUGGCCAGAUGGAAACAGAAGCUGAUUUAGAGGACUGUGGAGGAGCAGAACCAUCCAGGAACUCAGAUCCAGAUACACAUUUACAACCAGUUAGUGAAGAUGACUCUCUGGACUCUUCUGAGACUGAAGUCAGUGCUGACGAUUGGGAGACCAGAGACCCUCUGUCAGGUUUUCAUUCUUUGAAAACUGAUAAUGUCCCUGUCAGUGAUUUGAAAAUGUAGUACUGUUGAAAAACCAUUUAACUGUUUAACUGGCUUCUGAUAACAAGCGUGGAGACACUUCUGAACUGGAGACUGUGAUGAUGAUUGGACAGAGCCCAGCCUCAGUCUGUAUGAAUUCUGUGAAAAAGUUCCUGUAAUUGAUAUCAAAUGAAAUGUGUUGUGAGUGUGGUGAAACCAUAGAAUGUACAAAAUAAUGGAUGUAGUCACCAGGACAUCACCCAUUGGUUUGUAGACUCCUAUUUUGAAGCCUAGAGUUUGCCAUUUUGGAUUUAUGGAGCCAGAAGAGAUCAUUUUGGAGGAGAGGGUGGAGCUGUGGAUGAGUGAGGGGUGGGUCUAACACAUAAGCCCCAUUUCCACCAUGGAAAGUUGUGGAUGGUACCAAUAGAACUGUUUUGUACCAUCCCCAUUUUUGGGACUACUUUUGGUCCCUCUGUUGGAGUACUUAGCACACUGACCUGGUACUUAAAGGUGGAGCUAGAAACGGUGUAGUCUGUUGAUUGGUCAUUAGGGGAUGGUCACUCGGCUCAGGGCUGAGUUGUGGCUGGAUUUGGAGCUUAUGUAACCACUGUUUAUACCAUGGAGAGUUUUACAUAUAUUGGUAAACACUAACUAUGAAAUAAAAGGAUGUUUUGCUGCCUCUUGCAGCAUCUGUAGACUGAGAAAAAAUAUCUUAAUUCACUGGUCCGACUGCCACUAACUUUUAAAGUGGAAUGUUUACUUGUAAUGUUACUCGAUGCAUGAGUUGACGGCGUGAAUCCAUCAGCACACCUAAAUUUCAGUGUGACAACUUUGGUCGUUCCAUUAGUUUUUAUUGUCUCUCUUGGAUGAGAUACACUUUUAGUAAUGAGUGGAUCUUCAAGCGUUUAUAUCAGGGGCAAUUCUAGGAUCAGCGGUUUAGGGGUGCUGAGCGCCCAGAGAGCUGCCCGGCCAGGCAAGAUAAAGUUCACUGUUUUGUACAUUUUAACGCAGUUUCAUUCCCACAUUUGUGAAAGAAAAGCACAACACUUUUUGGGAAAGUCUGUGACUAAACCAUCAAAUCUGAUAAAGGUUAUUUAAAUGCUGAGCCACAGCAAAAGAGGAAUGGAUUGGAAUCAUAAAAGAAACAUAUCGUAACCCUAAUUUCUGGGGGAAGACAACUCAUUUUGAUACAGCAGCUCCUUCACUAUUCUCUGUUUGUUUUCUUACCUGGUUCUUCCUGAUCUUGCACUCUCUUCUCUCCUUCCCCUUUUUCAUCUCUCCCUCUUUGGACUGACAAUCAUACACAAAUAGAUUGUAUUCAACUAGAUGAAAAAUUACAUAAAUAUGAAAAAAUACUAAUAAGAAUACUAAUAAAUGAAAUCCUCUCUCUGCUCCUCUCUCUCUCUUUGUACUGUCAACCAAAAGGCAAAUAACCAAACAAUGUGUUUUAUAUCUAAUAAGAGAUAAACUGAUACAUUGAUCCAAUUUACAUCAUCAUUGUAGAUAGACAGACAAUUUGAUCUGACACUCUUACCUGAACCUGGCUCUUUUUUUGGAAAAACAAUCUUAUAUCCAUGAUGAGUCUGUCUGUCUGUACACACACACACACACACACACACACACACACACACACACACACAUAUAACAGGAGUUAUAAUGUUAAUGGGCAUCCAGUCAGUUAGCUAG